CGCAUGGUGGUGGAUUGCCGGGCUGUGAGCAAGAACUUCAAGUCUAUCGCUUUUCGGAUGCCCGACGCACUCCAGAUUUUCAAAAAUCUUGAAGGCGGAUACUACUUUGGAGCAUGCGGUCUUGCGAUGGGCUACGAUCAAGUUGAACCUUCGGAACGGAUGCAGCGUUUGCUCACUGUCGUCGGUCCAGAUGGCUGCUACUACCCCACCAGACUACCACUUGGUCCAUCUCCAGCUCCCGCAUUCUUUCAACAACAAACAGCUAGUGCGUUUGAGGAUGUGGUGGACGGAGUCUUCAUCGACGACUUGAUCUACAAGGGUAAAGAUUUUGAUGAAUUUCUCAGACGUAGUAAGGAGCUGUUUGAUCGGUGCGAGGCUACUGGCUUUACCCUGUCCUUGAGGAAGUCCGUGCUCGGCAAGAAGGCAGUGGAGGUUCUAGGUUUCAACAUCAGCCAAAAAGGACGGACGCCUACACCAAAAAAGGUUGAACAGCUUCGAAACUGGCCGGAGCUCGAAAGCAAGGACGACCUGGCCAGCCUAUUGGCGUUCGCAGACUACCUUCGGGAAUUCAUCCCCGACUAC